AGAAAGCGACUUGACUUUUCCUAAGUGGAUCCCAGGCAGGUCGCAACAGGACCAAGAAGGUGGAGUCUCCACUUCUAUACUGGGACAGGUCGACCCCAGGAAGAAGAGGCAUCAUCCGGUGUCAGUUGGUCACCCCCCCCCCCCCCGCCCCCACUCAUGUUUGUAGGAAGUAAGUGCGCACACACACACACGAAGCCACAGACGCGCCCGCUCAAAGAGGAAAGCAACUAGUGUGAGCUCGCACAAGAUGUUCCACCCGAGCGCACGGAGCCCCUUGUUGUUCUUCUGUCGAUUCUUCCGCCAACUUUAAGAGGAGCGGCGUCGACGGGAGCCCGUCAGGAUGUCUCGGCGGGACCAGAGGUUUCGACGGGGGAUGAAAGAACGGUGCUGGGAAUGCGGCUGCAUCCUGUCCCACUGGUACUACGAGCGAGACGGACGAGCGUACUGCAAGAAGCACUACUGGCAGCGUUACGGCGAGAAAUGUCACGGCUGUGGCGAGACGCUCCAACCGGGACUCGUCAUGGUGACCUCAACCGUCCGUUUAGCUCCCAGAUUUGGUGUCCGAAUCUUAGAAAGUGGCCAUUGGCCACAAAAACCAGACGGGAAGGGACGUGGAGAAGGCGCGUCUGGCCGCCACCUCCAUCAACGUGACACGGUAAGUGCUGGCCUGUGGCAAAAACACCGCGUGUGCUUCCAGGUUGCCGGAGAACAAAAGUUCCACCCCGAAUGCUUCACGUGCAACAAGUGUCGGAUAUUCAUUGGAGACGGAGACAGCUACACGCUGGUGGAACAAGACAAUCUCUUCUGCGGUCGGUGUUUCAGUCAGGCGGCGGCGGCCAUCGAGAGGCCGCACACGGUGGCGCUGGUGACGCUUCCCGCGCAGACAGACGGCCAUCGAGGUCUGAAGGUGGCCGCCGGACCCGGCCAAGGAAGCGGCCCGCUGGUUACCGUGACAGCGUUAGACUCGGACACCCUUGCUCCUGACCUGCUGCCUUCGGUCCACGUUGGAGACAACAUCCUGGAAGUCAACGGCAUUCCCGUCCGCGACGUUUGCCCCGACGAGGUGGCGCUUGUAAUCCGGGACACGAGCCAAGCACUGCAGCUGACCGUGGAACACAAUCCGCGGUCCGAGACCGCCGCCGACGUCCGCGCAGACCUCAACCGCGUCUGUGAACACGCGCGGCCAAACCUGGAUGAGGAGCCCGUCUUGGGGGUGGAGACGCCGGCACCCACGGGAACGGGUCUCUUCUCGCCUCACCGGCGAGGAGCCGCGGGAGCGCGAUCCCGAAACAUCUUGCGCAGCUGCAGCAUUGAAAAGUCUUCUCUGUCACUCUCAUCCCAACGGAAAGACAUGGUGCGCUCAGAGUCUCUGCGCAGCGACCCCGAAGAUCGAACCCAUCGCAUCUUCAGGCCUUCGGACCUCAUCCACGGAGAAGUGCUGGGCAGAGGCUUCUUUGGACAGGCCGUCAAGGUGACGCAUCGGGAGACCGGAGAGGUGAUGGUGAUGAAAGAGUUGAUACGAUUUGAUGAGGAGACGCACAAGACUUUCCUGAAGGAGGUCAAGGUGAUGCGCUGUCUGGAUCAUCCCAAUGUCCUCAAGUUCAUUGGACUCUUCUACAAGGACAAGCGCAUACACUUUGUGUCAGAGUACAUCCAGGGAGGAACGCUCAGAGAAACCAUUGCCAAAAUGGACACCAACUUUGCGUGGAACGUCAGAGUGAGUUAUGCCAGAGACGUUGCGGCUGGAAUGGCAUAUUUACACUCCAUGAACGCCAUCCACCGCGAUUUAAACUCAUACAACUGCCUGGUCAAAGAGGAUCAGUCGGUGGUGGUGGCGGAUUUUGGUCUGGCUCGUUUGGUGACGGCGGAGAGGAAUCGCAGCAGAACACCUUCUCUGGAUCAAGCUCGGCGGGGGACCUCGUCGGAGCUCCGCAAGCCGGACCGCAGGAAGCGCUACACAGUGGUCGGGAAUCCCUACUGGAUGGCCCCGGAGAUGAUCCACGGGAAAAGCUACGACGAACGGGUGGACAUCUUUUCCUUCGGGAUCAUCAUUUGUGAGCUCAUCGGAAGGGUGAGCGCCGACCCGGACUUCCUCCCUCGGCGUAACGACUUUGGUUUGAACGUGGCCGCCUUCAUCGAGCGGCACCAGCCCCGGCGCUGCCCCGCGGCCUUCCUGCCGCUGGCCGCCCUCUGCUGCGACCUGGAUGCCGAGCGAAGGCCUUCCUUCUCCAAGCUGGAGGAGUGGCUGGAAAAUCUGCUGAUGCACUUGGACGUGGGCCUGCCCCUCCGCUCCGAGGUGGAGCGGCUCUGCGCCGGCUUCUGGCGGAGCCGCGAUUCGGAAGCGGGAACCUCGUCCGCUUCGCCCGCACCCCGCCAGAGUCCCGAGACGUCUCCCGACGACGAUGGUCCGGUUCCUCCAAGCGCAAACUGCAAGCUUCAGGACACCGGCGAGCACCCGAAUCCCAAACCGGCAGAGCAAAAUAUGAACGGCGGCCCGCCGUCGGUGUCCGACGCCUCCGAAAGUGGCGAACGGGCACGAGACUACUCGGGAGAUGGCCAAAGCCGAACGGACUCCUCCCGAGUGGACAGCGCGCCUGUGAGCCCAUCCCGUCGGUCCAGGAGGACCUGCAGAGUUUUGUGGAACGGCAACACAAAGGACGAGGAAUCUUUGCCAUGACCUCUUCACCUCGUCAACGCAUCGAGCGGACAGCGACAUGCGACGCGACACGUCGGGGCGACCCGCAGAAAACGGCGUUCAUGCGCACCGUUUGCAAACGAAAUUGGGGCCGCGCCGACGAGUCCCUAGCCCGGAUUAAAAAUGGCCGCGUUAAAAGUGUUGGCAACAAA